UUUGCAGAGGUGGAGAACUCUGGAGCCGACUGCUGACUCAAAAUCGGACACUUGAAGUUUUCCGUAACUCAUUCCUGUUUGUCAUGUUUUUAAAAUAAACAUUUCAAACUGAGAGUUAUUGUUAGUCUUCUGCGUGUAGUUAGAUUUUUUUAGAUUUUCGCUUAACUUGUAGUUUGGUACUGCAAUCCUGCUGACUGCCGUGCGCUGUUCAUGUAUUGAGAAGCGCCUCCUCCUUCUUCAGUCCUGCAGUGUUGGAUAUUCUCGAGCAUGACACAAUUUUCUGUAUUUGCUCUACAGUUAAGUUUCCAAAUGCUCCAGUUCUUGUCUGAGAUGUUCUCCUGAGUUAAAAUUCACAUCUUGACGAAGGUUUUCCUGAGAAUUACUCACCUGACAACACACAAUGGCUUCCAAUAUAAGCGUGGAUCAGCAGUUUUCUCACAAAUUCACAGUGACGGUGGUUCGAGCCGAGAACGUCACCAAGGGAGCGCUGGGUGACCUGUUGGACACCCCAGAUCCAUAUGUGGAGCUGUUCAUCCCAACGGCCCCAGAGAGCAGAAAGAAGACCAAGCACAUAGACAACAACAUCAACCCAAAAUGGAACGAGACCUUUAACUUCAUAUUAGAUCCCAACCUGCGGAACGUCCUGAAGUUAACAUUAAUGGACGCCAACUAUGUGAUGGAUGAGACGCUUGGGACUGCGACCUAUGACAUCACCAAGCUCAGCGUAGGCCAGACAAAGAUGGAGCCUUUCCUCAUCGGCAAAGUAACCAAAGUUUACUUAGAGAUGUCACUAGAGAUCUGUACCAAUCUGGACCUGCGGUUCAGCCUGGCCCUGUGUGACAAAGAGAAGCAGUUCAGACAGACCCGCAGAGAGAGAGUGAUGCUGGGCAUCAAGAAGCUGCUAGACAUGGAGAAGCCUCGUUUCCUCCCCAGCGCUCCAGAGGAGGUUCCGGUGAUAGCCAUAGCAGGCUCAGGAGGCGGUUUCCGUGCCAUGGUUGGCUUCUCAGGUGUGAUGAAAGCUCUGUUUGAGUCUGGGGUCUUAGAUUGUGCAACAUAUGUUGCUGGACUCUCCGGAUCUACAUGGUACAUGUCCGCUCUCUACUCUCAUCCAGACUUUCCAAACAUAGGCCCAAAGGACAUCAAUGCAGAGCUGAUGAAGCGAGUUAGCAGUAACCCACUGAAGCUGUUGCUGCCUCAACACAUCACCAACUACAUCCAGGCCCUCUGGACCAAAAAGGCUUCAGGGCAGCCUGUUACCUUUACUGAUAUCUUUGGUAUGCUCAUAGGAGAGACCCUUGUACCUGCGAGGAUGGACACCAAACUGAGUGGAAUCCAGGAGAAGAUAAACCAGGCCCAGAGUCCUCUUCCUCUCUUCACAUGUCUGCAUGUCAAGCCAGAUGUUUCAGAGCUCAUGUUUGCAGACUGGGUGGAGUUCAGCCCAUAUGAAAUUGGGAUGGCAAAGUACGGCACCUUCAUGACCCCCGACUUGUUUGGAAGCAAGUUCUUCUUGGGAACCGUUGUCAAGAAAUACGAGGAGAACCCUCUUCAUUUUCUGAUGGGUGUGUGGGGCAGCGCCUUCUCCAUUCUGUUCAACAGAGUGCUGGGAGUCAAAAACACAGCUGGUGGCAGCACCAUGGAGGAGGAGUUAGAGCAGAUCAAACCACAGCACAUUGUCGGAGAAGACAGCCUGGACAGUGAAGACGAGACACGUAAAGGUGGGACAGAGAACCAGUACGCAGAAGAGGAGUACAGUCGCACUGCUCAGGCUAGCUGGGUUCAACGAAUGUUCACGUCACUCUUCAGUGACUCAUCCUUAUUCAACACAAGAGAGGGCCGGGCCGGGAAGGUGCAUAAUUUCAUGCUGGGUUUGAACCUGAACACCAGCUUCCCGUUCUCUCCGGGCAAUGAGAUCAUGUGCAACGCCACCACACCUGAAGACGAGGUGGACGCCGUCACAGACCCAGAUGAGUUCAAUCGUAUCUACGAGCCUCUAGAUGUGAAGAGCAAGAAGAUUCACAUAGUGGACAGUGGCCUGACCUACAACCUUCCCUACCCUCUCAUUCUGCGGCCGCAGCGCGGCGUCAACCUUAUUAUCUCCUUCGACUUUUCUGCACGACCCAGCGACACCAGCCCCCCAUUUAAGGAGCUCCUAUUAGCAGAAAAGUGGGCUCGAAUGAACAAGCUUCCAUUCCCCAAAAUCGACCCCAAAGUCUUUGACCGUGAGGGCCUGAAGGAAUGCUACAUCUUCAAACCAGAAAGAGGCGAAAAGAACUGCCCGACUAUCAUCCACUUUGUCCUGGUCAACAUCAACUUCAGGACAUUCAAGGCACCUGGUGUUCCCAGAGUGACAGAGCUGGAGAAGGAAUUUGCUGAUUUUGACAUCUUUGACGAUCCCGAGUCACCAUUCUCCACUUUUAACUUCCAGUACUCCAACGAGGCCUUCACCCGACUCCAUGACCUCAUGGAGUUCAACACUCUCAACAACCUGGAGGUGAUUAAAGAAGCCAUCAAGGAUUGCGUCCUGGCCCGAAAGGAGAAUCCCUCAGGCCUCUCCAUUCCCUUUUCCCUCAGUGCGAUCCCGAAAAAGAGGUUUCUCAAAAGAGAUUCUCGGGGCAAAACCGUGGAACCUUAUGUGAAAUGAGAACCAGCAGCCGGACCUAAGACUAGGGUAUAGCGAACUUUCAGUCUUAAAGAAAAGCGUUUUCUUUUUGGAAAAUGCUAUCAUGGUGAUCUCUUUCCUGUACACUUUGAAUCAAACUUUUAACUUUGUAAAGAACCAUAGUGUGUACUGAUUAAAGCCUUAUGAUUGCAUUCAUAUACAACAACACAGUGAGAAUUUUCAUCUGGCUUCAUUUGCACGAAUGUGACUUCUGGGGAAACUGUUUGUUUGUUGAACACAAACAGCUGAAUUUUUUCUGCUGGCAGUGAGAGAGACUGGAUGUUGAGAAUUAAACACUGCAGUGUGAAUGGAUUGUUACAGCCAACAUCUGGCUCCAUCACAAACAGGAGAUUGUUAAUAUUUACUGAAAAUCCUGAACUAUGUUGUCUUUUAGUUCUUUACAAGUGAAAGAAAUGUCCACUUCAGAUCUAUUUGUUCAUUCACUUCAAUGCAAUUUUCUAUUCCAGUUGCAACAGUCCCAAUUCAUAUGGAUGCCUCUUGGUUUUCAUGCUGCCUAGAGCAAAGCUGCAUUUGCAUCUGUACUGCUGACUCAGCAUAUCUAAAUCUAGCUUGGAGCUGUGUGAAUGCACUGUAGGAAGCAGCAUCUGGACCUGUAACUGUUUGUCAGUUGAACUAUUUACAUAUUGACUGCAGAACAUGCAAAUCCCCAUAUUUUGUUUUUUUUGUUCACUGGAUGGCUCGUCUAAACAUGUAAUACUUUUUGAAAACAUGGAAGAGGAGCUCGUAACCAUUGGUUUUGUUUGAUGGCAACUCCUAAACACGCCAAGUGCACCCACCCUGGAUACCUCAAACAUCUAAAUGAUGCUUACCCACCUACCGGGAAGGACCACUCCCUGCUUCCCUCUAGGGAGUGUCUCAUAUUAAAGCCACCAUUUUGUUAUAAACAAAACUUGAUGCCAUAGAAACGGCCCCACUCUUUAUCUACCCCUCUCUUUCUUUGCUGUCUCUAGGUGUGUUUAUUUUCCUGAUCAUGUUGUUUCAGGCUGCGUUUUAGACACAGGUUUUGUUUUUGCGGGCCAUUUCCUCACCCAUCAAACACAACUCGCUGCAGGACGCCUCCAACAGCCCCGUACGGUGAAGAGGAGCUCACGUCAGGCUGGGUGGAGGUGGUGAAAACGCUCGCAGCUGAAAACGGUGUCUCUCGCCGGCACCCAGUGGAAUUUUACACACUACACCUACAGCAGUGGAGAACAGGAAUAUGACACGCUACACUUAUACCUGCAGGGGCCCAAAGGCUGCACACAGAGCAGGGGAAUUUUACACCGAAGCACCUCCAACACCUAUGCUCAUGUUUCAGCCCCGCUGGUUUGGAAGAAACUGUUCUGCAGUCCCUCUGUAGGAGUUCAUGACCCAACAAACCUAUGGAAAGUGCCUUUCUCCUGAUAUCUUUUUUCAUUUGUUUUCUGCAGUCAGCUGCAUUGUCUUAGGUUUUCUUUCAAGAAAUAGUUUUGGGAAUACAUGUAUUCACUUUCGUUUAUUUGACACCAGUCUGUUACAUACGAGUCAAAGUCAUGACGUCACGUCUGAUCUGGCUUAUGUUCUACAAGCUUCUGUUACUGUUACGUUUCUAGACCCUAAUUGCUAGUGGUGAGGCCGGUGUAUUUUUGAGAGACCCAUAAACAACAUGGCUGCAGGGAAAAACUUUAAAAAAAAAGAAAGAAGAACAAAGGGGGAAGGCAGCAUAUAUGGCCUAAGUCUCUCAUCAAGGUGAAGUGAUUGCACCUGAGGGGGCGGUUCCUUUCCUUUGCUUUCUUCUCUGCCUCAGGUGUGAUCAUGUAAUCUGAUGGUAUAUGUUGUUUCCUUGUUUUCAAUCUUUAAGCUAAAUUUACCACCUGCUGGCUGUAGCCUUAUAUAUUAAAGACAAAUGAGAGUAGUACUGAUCUUUACAUCAAUUAAGCACAUUCUCACAAAUGUUUAAAUACUACUUUAAACUAAACUAAAGUUGUACUCAAGGCAAAAAAAAAAACAAGCAUUAAUCUUUUUGAUUGACAUUUUGUCAAACUCUGUGAGCUAUCACUUUUAUUUUAGGCGUGGUCAUUUUAAAAGCCCACACAACCUGUAGUAGUUUUAUAAUUUUCCUAAUAUUUGUCAUAUUAAAUUUGUAUGAUUUCUGACAAUGUUUACAAAUGUUUAAGAUACUAAACAAUGUCAUGUGAUCAUUUAUGCACAUCGUAAAAAAAGAAGGAUAAUAAAAGAGAAUUUAUCUUG